AUGGACCGAUACGCGCUCGGCGUCGAUAUUGUGAUCCGCUCCAAGACCGGGGACGUCCCCGCGGUGGAGUACGCCCCUAUCGGGGCGAUGCGUGACGAGAUCGCGUGCGCGGUGAUUUGCGCGCCGGGAUCCUCGGGGGGUUGCGGGCCUGGCAUCGCGCAGGCUUUUCGGGGUCUUCCGCUCGAGCGGCGAUGCAGCGCUGCGGCGCACGGCUCCUUUUACGCGAGACUUGGUAUUGAGUUGUCCACGGGGGAGGAUCUGGACUCCUGGAAUCCCCCGAAGCGGCGGUUCGAAGGGGUGGAGAACGACGAGAACGGCUUCCCCGAGAAUCACUCCGUCGACUCCAAGGAGAAGUUUCUCAGCCGCGGUCGCAGACGACCCGGCGCGGUGUGCCUGCAGAUGACGUGGAGCAAGUGCGCGGGUGGCAGGAAAUGGCCGGGUAAGAGGCUGAAGCGCGUCGAUGCCCUCUCCGCCGCGGUGGACGACGUCGUGUCGUGCGCAUUAUACGUCAGGCAGAAGUACGGCGACGGACUCAGGGUCGUCCUCGUCGGCUUCUCAUUCGGGGGACCCGCGUGUUGGGCGGCGGCGAGGAGGCUCGGUAGCGAGAGACUGGCGGCCGUCGUGUCCGUGGCUGGGUCGGCGAGGGGCGGUGAAAGGUUCGCCAAGGUCCACCUGGACACCGAGGGCUGCGUCAAGGCGCUCGACGCCGUCCCCAGGCUGUGGCUUCACGGCACCAAGGACGAAAACGUGGUCCCAGCGAUAUCUCGCAGGAACUUCGACCUCGCCGCCGAGCCCAAGGCUGUGGCGUGGGUGGUGAACGGGACCCAUCACUUCGAUCACGCCAGGGCCGCCGGGUACGAACCCCUGCGCGAGUUUCUCGUCCAGGUGUGCCAAAUGGAGUGCAACAGGAGGCGGGCGGGUGACGUGCCGUACGCCCUGGACGGUCCGCCACCAAACGCUCACCCCGGAGGAUUCCUGACCAAACGCUCGCACGUGCUCGUGAUGCCGAUGUGUGGCAAGUGCAGCGUCAUCGAGUCCCACCAGAGGAAUGCGGCGAGCAGGAGGAGGGUCAUCAACACCGCGGACGGGUCACUCGCGACCAAGACCACCGCGAUGUUCAGGGGGAUGGCCAAGGCGCAGGCUCGAGAGGAGCACCCAAUCGUCGUGCAGCCGGGGCCGGACAUACCCGAAGGAUACGGCGCGGGAUGGGUGGACGUGGCGGCGAGCGAUGACGUGGACGAGGUGGGAGCCGAGGCGAAGGCGGCGUCCAUGAACCGGUGCGUGAAACCCGCGACGUUGGAGACGCUGAGGAAGCCGGAGAUCAAGGGGUACUCAGAAUAG